CCUCACCUUUCCACUACCACACCUUUCUUUUCUCCUCCCCCAAGAAACAUAAGACGACGAGAGAGCUCUCGCCUCAACAAAAUAAAGAUAAAUCAGUGAGACAGAGAGAAGGAGAGACAAGGUAGCUCAAGGCAGAGAAGAAAAGAGAAGCAAAGUUGAAGAGGAGAAGUAGAAAUGGUUUCUUCUUCUUCUUUCUUCUUCCUCUUCUUGUUGUGUUCAGUUCUGUUCCUCUCCGAUGAGGCUACAUCUCUUCCGGAGCUACCCAACCUCACCACCCUCUCUUUUGAGGAAGGCUACACGCAGCUCUUUGGAGACUCUAAUCUAUUGCUACACCGAGAUGGUAGAGCUGUCCAUCUUGCUCUCGACCAGCGAACUGCUCUUUUAGGUGCUGGAUUUGCGUCACAAGAUCUUUAUCUGCAUGGAUUCUUCAGUGCCUCCAUCAAACUACCUUCAGAUUAUGCCGCUGGAGUCGUUGUCGCCUUCUAUAUGUCGAAUGGAGAUGUAUUCGAGAAGUCACAUGAUGAACUGGACUUUGAAUUCUUGGGGAACAUAAGGGGGAGGGAAUGGAGGGUUCAGACAAAUGUUUAUGGGAACGGGAGCACAGCAGUUGGAAGGGAAGAGAGAUACCAACUUUGGUUCGAUCCCACAGAGGACUACCACCAGUACUCCAUCCUGUGGAGCCAUGAGAGAAUCAUAUUUUACAUUGACAACAUUCCCAUCAGGGAGGUGGUGAGGACACAAGCCAUGGGUGGGGAUUUCCCCUCAAAGCCCAUGUCCCUGUAUGCCACCAUAUGGGAUGGUUCUACCUGGGCCACCUCUGGCGGUCGCUACAAGGUCAACUACAAACUUGCCCCUUACGUCGCAGAUUUUGCUGACCUCAUCCUCCAUGGCUGUGCUGUUGAUCCUAGUGAUCACAAAACAGCCUGCCAGAGAUCCGAUGCUGUAUUGUAUGAUGCCAUCACUAUGUCAGCUGAUCAACGAACGGCAAUGGCCAAGUUCCGAAAGAAGCACAUGACCUACUCUUACUGUCAUGAUCGCAUUCGUUACCCAACACCCCCACCAGAGUGUAUGUUUGUUGGUCCUGAAUCCCAGAACUUUCUCGCAUCAGGCGACGCAAAGUUCAACUAUCGCCACCGCCGUGGUAGGCGUUAUGGCCGAAGCUCAGUAGAUGCAGUUCUUUGAAUCUAAGUGAUUGAACAUUGAAUAGGUUCAUGUACUCUCAGGGUUUUUUUCUUUUUUUCCUGUGUACCACGCAUUUUGGUGUUGUAUAGCAAAUUUAUUUGGUGUGGAGUUUGGGGAGCUUUGAGUAGAGCUAUGUUGGGUCGAUUCACAUGGGUUCAAUGACAUACACAUGUACUGAGGUUUACCACAUAGCCCGAGUCGAUACAGUAUGAGCGGUACAUAUCGAUCUGACGAGCAACUGAGAUGUGGAUUGCUCGAGUCCUCGUCGACACACCCUAGCAUAUCGUGUGUCAGUACACCAGUAUGAAGCAGUACAUACCAUAUUGCCAACAACCUUGAAAUGUACAACUAAGUCUUUCAAAGCUUGUUUCAGGGUCUAUUUUGUUCA